GAUUGUCAGAAUAGUGCUGUUUGUAAAUAAUGACUUGACAAAUUAAAUUUCAUCUUAAAGUUUAUUUUCAUAGUCGGUAUUUCUUUGCGAUGGCUUCUAGAGAGUGGUUUUCGGAUAAAAUAUCAGAUUUAACCCAGGAAAAUCAGAGAAUAUCUCUUUUAAGUGAGUUUAGAGACCAGUUUCAAUCAUUGCCACUUGACGAAGCACAAACUGUAGCUAAUAAUGUUCAGUUACCUUUAGUUUUUGAUUGCCUAAAUGAUAGCAACAAAGAGCAGGUAGAUUUAGCUUGUGAGGUCCUUUCUCUACUGUUGGGUAACCUACAACUAGGCAAAAGUACUGACCAAUAUGAGCCAGCAUUAGAAAGAGCCCUCACUCACCCUAAUCCUUCAGUAAAACUUAUGAUUCUGAAUGAAAUUGAGAGAUCUUUAAUCAGUGAAGAGACCUUAUGUCAGAUUUGUGAAAAAACAAGUUUGCUAAGAGGUAUUAUGAUGUGUAUAGGGGAUGAAGACUUAGCAGUGGCUAACAAAGCAUCUAGUUUAAUUAUUAAUAUUGGAAUCACAGUUCCUGGCUCUAAGAAGCUGAUUAGUAAUGAGUUAUUGAUACCAUUGCAGGAUCUUAUAAGUUUAAAUGAAGUAAUAAAAUUAAGAGUCUAUGAAGUAAUAAUAAACAUUUCAAAGAAAGCACCGUUUUGUCUUGAAAAUUUCACAAAGGUAGGACUAGUACCUAAAAUCCUGGCUGAACUAGAUAAUGAUGAUAUCUUACUAAAAAUGAACAUCAUUGAAAUAUUGUGCCAUCUUGCUGAGAAAGAACAUGGGUUUUUUUACUUGGACCAAAAUGGAGUUCUGGAUAAGAUAUUUGCAUUAACAAAUGACGAUGAUAUAACUAGUCAGUUAUGUAAACCAGGUGUUAUAAAAUUUUUUGGUAGAGUGGGCAUAAAAAAGCCUAGAGAAUUGGUUGCCAAGUACCCAGCAUUGCUUGACUAUUUAUAUUCCAACAUAGAAAGUAGUGAUCUUACUAUUGUUGGAGUAUCACUAGAUGCUAUUGGUCACAUUGGAUCAACACCAUUUGGCAAGAUUGCUUUGAGCUCUACAGGAGCUAAGAUUGAUGGAACAAUCAAAACAGUCUUUAAACUUCUGAGUUCCCUGCCAACUGAAACCCGAAUAAGAGCACUGAAUUGUUUACAAAAUCUCUUUCAUAGUGAGAGAUGCGACACUGUUCAGUUAUCAGAAAGAUGGUAUGGACUUUUGGGACCAGAUGCCACAGAUGUCAUAGUAAGAUAUGCAAAAAAUCCAUUUUCUGAGUUAAAGUUGGCAGGUUUGGGAAUCCUAAAAUCUUUAUCUGAACAACAUUGGGGUCAAGAAGUUAUUAAGAACACUCCGGGUUUGAUAGAAUUUCUGUUGGAUAGAAAUGUAGAAACUGAUAAAGACUGUAAAGAAGCAAAGUUUGACAUUGUUAGGAACUUAUCUCGCUCACAUGAAGUGUUUGAUAUUCACACACUGGAAAAGUUUCAGCAGUAUGUUAAGGAAGGGCCAUUUUAUGUGCAAGCUGUUACAGAGGUUGCUAUUGAAGGAAAUUAAAGCAUUUUUAGUUUAUAAAAUAUUGUAUUUAUUUAUAUGAAAUAAACAUGGGUUUUUUAAACUA